CCAACGUGACUGUGCGAGUGAAUGAAUGACGUGGAUGUAAGUCCGGGUAGUGAGUGCCUCUGUGAUUCAGUGUUAGUAAUUAUUUUCUGUCAACAGUCUCACCAGUAAGCUUCUGACAGUGAAGUCAGACAAAUAACACAAUUAUUUAACUCGACUAGAAAUAACCAACAGAAACUCUGAACAUUGACAUAGCUGUAAUCGUUGUUAUCGUAGCUAGCGAUAGCUAAAGAAACCUGUAGCUAGCAGUAGGUACUGUAAGCUAAGUGUUAAAACUUCAUUUUAGCUAGCCAACCUAAGGAAUCCUGUGACUUGGCAUUUCAUGAUUUGCACUCCUUUCAUCCAAACGGGCUGCGCACUUCAUACAGCUUACUUACGAAUUUAACCAGUAAAUAACCGUGACUACAGAAACUUCACAGAAUGAGAGUGAAAGCCAAAUUUGAAAAUAUUCGAGACAAAAUUGACGGCAAUGAGGUGGACCUCAGUCUGUGCAACCUCACAGAUGUGCCCGUUCGAGAGCUGGCUGCGUAUCCCAAAGCCACGUCACUGGAUCUGUCCUGCAACAAUCUGAUCACACUAACACCCGAGUUCUGCAGCCUGAGCCAUCUGGUGCGGAUUGACCUGAGCAAAAACCAGCUGAGUAGCCUGCCGGAGGAGCUGGGCCGCCUCACCAGCCUCAACCAUCUGGACCUGUUCCAGAACAAACUCAACACACUGCCCGUCAGCUUCUCACAGCUCAGGAGUCUGAAAUGGCUGGACUUAAAGGACAACCCUCUGGAGCCAGCGUUGGCCAAAGCAGCUGGUGACUGUUUGGAUGACAAACAGUGCAGGCAAUGUGCUGUCGCAGUACUGCAGUACAUGAGGGUCCUGCAGGAGGGAGACAGACUGAGUGAGAAGCGUCUGCUCAGACUGAGAGAGCUGGAGCUGAAGCGCGAGGCCAAGCAGAAGGAGCGGGAGGCCAAAGAGAAGGAGGUGCGGAAGCGAGAGAAGGCAGAGGAGAAGGAGAGGAAGAGGAAGGAGUACGAGGCUCAGCAGGCUGCUCUGGCUGCCCAGGAACAGCAGAGGAAGAAGAGGGAGGAGAAGAAGAAGAGAGCCGCCACCGCUGCAGAUAAGAAGAAGGUGGAGUCUGCGGCGGCGGCGAGUUCUGGUUGGUCGGUGUCGUCUGUGCUGCUCCGCCUCCUGCUCCUGCUGCUGCUGGGGGUGGGCGGGUCUGUGGCGGCGUGCCAUCUGAGCGCGCUCAGAGAGGAGGAGGUGUGUGCACCGCUCCGGUUGCUCCUGCAGGGGGCACUGCAGUGGGCUCAGAGCCAGGAGCUGCUCCAGCCCCUCCUCCAGAAACUCUCCGCCCUCACCGCCGCCAGCCCGACCCUCUGACGUCAUCACCAGCCUCUCAGCAGCCACGCCCUUCCUCCGCCCACCUGGCGAAGAGAGACCACCUGGCUAGCAAGCCCCUCCUCCUAAAUAUCGCCCCUGUGACAUCACCAGCCAGCGUCUCUGCAACCACGCCCUCCGAUGACCAGCAAGCCCCUCCCUCUAGCCUUUGGCCCCACCCAGUGCCAUCACAUGCUGUCAAUCAUACUCUGACAUUUCAACAUGCCCUCGCCAUAGGACAGCCCAGGAUCCUCCCCCAUGCCUGUAGCCCCUCCCUUUAGAGUGCUCACCCUGGCUAAUCAGAUUGGGGCUUGGCUUAGAGGGCGUGGUGAAUUCUAGAAUGGUGUGGUGAAUUCUAGAAUGUUGUGGUGAAUUCUAGAAAGGUGUGGUUGUGGUGAAGGAGGCGUUUCCAUCAGCAUAAAUUCCUAUGGAAUUGUUUCUGCCGGUUCUUGCUCGUUCUGGUUUUAACCAAUCACAGUGGAUUUCUUGUGCUGACACAAGCUUAGCUGCCCCCCAGUGGGCGGGGCCUUGCUGCCGUGUCUGAAGUAUCUAACUGCCAAUCAGAAGCGUUGCUGCCCAGUCACUUAGCAAUGCCAACUGUCUGUGGCUGUGACUUUUUUGCUGCUGCCUUUAGCUGUGCUAACAGUCCUCAGUUCAGUCUUGCAUGCCAUGCUAGUUAGUUAGUUAGUGUGUGUGUGUGUCUGCGUGAGUGCGUGCGUGCGCCCGCCUGCCUGCCUGCAACUGGUAUCAACCCUAACUUCAGUCCUAUACGCCACGCUACGAAGUGUGUGUGUGUGUGUGUGUGUGUGUGUGUGUGUGUGUGUGUGUGUGUGUGUGUGUAGGCAGGUCAAACUGACUGGGGGUCGCAGCUUGAAUAAAGAGGUCAAAUUGCA